CCGAAAAAUUUCGACCUGUUCGUCACUCACUUCACCCCCCAAUCGCAUGCACGUCCGCCACGCCCGCAAAAGUUGAAUCUCGGAAUCGCGUCACAAAGAAUCCCUCCUCGAUCGCCGGAAAUUACCACAUCCACGACACCCACCGCGACCACCCGCCGCCUCACGUCCGAGCCGUUUGCUUCGAACCGCGACGAGUCCCCCCCCUUCCUCGCCCAUUGUCCAAGCAUCUACGAUAACCACAGCCCAAACACAUUCGCCAUGGAUCACACGCGCGACCCCUGCCCCUGGGUUAUCCUCAAUGACUUUGGCGGCGCGUUCGCCAUGGGUGCGAUAGGCGGCACGAUCUGGCACGGCAUCAAGGGCUACAGGAACAGCCCGUACGGCGAGCGCCGCAUCGGCGCCAUCUCGGCCAUCAAGAUGCGCGCCCCCGUUCUCGGCGGCAACUUUGGCGUGUGGGGUGGCCUGUUCUCAACGUUCGACUGCGCCGUCAAGGGCAUUCGCCAGAAGGAGGAUCCUUGGAACAGCAUCACGGCCGGUUUCUUCACCGGAGGAGCUCUCGCCAUCCGUGGCGGAUACAAGGCUGCCCGCAACGGUGCCAUCGGCUGCGCGGUUCUGCUCGCCGUCAUCGAAGGAGUCGGUAUCGGCUUCCAGAAGAUGUUUGCCGGAAGCACGAAGCUGGAGAUGCCCCAGCCCCCGCCUUCGAACGAGAAAGCAUUGGCUUAGACGAACCGAUCCCGUCUCUCUUACUAUUUCAUUCACCGAAAGGCGACACCCAGCGGCCGCCCCACGAAGAAUAAUACAACACAGCACCAACCCCUCUCUACUCUUCCGGCUCGGCGCCUCCUCCUUCCCUCCCCCCCUUUUCAGGAGGCCUCGAUCUACUCUGUUUUUUCACCACCAAAAUCGAACGACACUGUUCUCUUAAUCUGCAUAUGCCAAAGGCGGGAAGGGGCGUUCCAUGUACUAUAAAAGUUUCUCAGUUAUCGGGAACUGGACACACGGGGGGAAGAGGAACGACGGUUUGUUCCGCAUCCCUCCCAGAAAGAUGAUUAGACACCGGGGACGAGUCGAGGGCACGCGGGAGCUUCAUAUGUCUGGGCAGAUUCAAGGGGAUAGCUCGGGCAUGACCAGGACUUGGAUCCGAGGAACAGGACGGCAUCUCCCCCCCCCCCCCCCC